GAGCCAGACCCAGUCCCUCUCUCUGAUCCAGACCCAGUCCCUCUCUCUGAGCCAGACCCAGUCCCUCUCUCUGAGCCAGCAGAGACCAAUCGAGCCACAGCAGAAGGCGGGAAUCUUCAACCCACCUGCCACAAAGCGACUGAAGAGGACCAGAAAGUUGGAGCCAGCCCCGGGCCUUCUCUCUGAGCCACCAGAGAGCAUGAAGUCAAAGGAAUUGGAGAUCCCAGGUCCACCUGCCACAAAGAGACCGAAGAGGACCAGGAAGUUGGAGCCAGCCCCUCUCUCUGAACUUCCAGAAACCAGGAAGUCAAAGAAGAAGAAAAUAAUCCUUGGCCCACCUGCCACUCAGCAGGUGAAGAGAUCCACUAACCCAGUGAAGACUAGAUGUAGGCCACCUUCAGCCACACCCCCUACCUGUGAGAUAGGUGUAACUACAUUUACCUUGAGAUCUAAGGUAGCGACAAGCCCUACCUUGAAGUCAGGUGUAGCCACAUCCCCAUCUAGCGGUGAAGCCUUUUCCACAUCCCCUGAGAGGAAGAAGAUGAGGAAGAAGAACGGGAAGAGGGCCAGGUGCAGUGGUGCGGCCGUUCCUACCCCCCCUGAGAGGAAGAUGAAGAAGAGGGCGAGGUGCUGCCCUGUCCCGCUGAACAACCCCUUGUCUGUCUGUCGGUCGCAGAGGGCCACCCAGGGCAGGAAGGCCUGUGUGUGGUGUAAACAGGAGAAAGAGCGGAUGAAGACCAUCUGGCAGUGUGAGGCCUGCCAGGUGGCCCUCUGUCUCAUACCGGGUAGAAACUGCUUCAGGGCCUGGCACAAGACUCACAAGUGGAACGAGGAAGUCAUCUUCAGUCUGUUUUCUUAAAUGUUGUCAAAUAUGUGGGUCUGGAGCCUCAGCAUGAGAUGUUAGUGGUUUGUGGUAAAAAAAAAUCCACUUUCAGUUCCUGGUUCAUAUAGUUUUAGUAGAAUUCAGGCAUACAUACAUUAAAUAAGAAAUGUUUCCUUUGUGGGUGUUUUUGCAAAAAAAGGAAGUUUGAAAAGUUUGCUACAAGCCCCUUUCCUCAUGUUGUUUAAG